AUGGCAGGCUCACACAGCGGGGGAAAGGACUUCCCUCUACGACCUCUACCUCCUUCGAGGAAUCCUUCCUCUACACCAUCAGACCUCCCUUCACCUCUCAACUCACCACUACGAUCCAACUUCCAUCAUGGACCCAUCAGUGGUGUUGAUACUCCCCCGAGUUCGGAACUCCAAGGCCCCGGGUCUUUCUACACUCAGAAUGGGACAGGCAGUGCUCUGUCAGUGGCCUCGGAUCAGACGGGGAUGUCAACGCCGGUGACAUAUGCCGAUGAGUUCAGGUUCAAGACAAUGAUCAAGUACCUCAGUAAGCAAAUAGAAAAGGCCGGAUGGGUGCCUCCCGAGAAGGAAAGGAAACCACCAAAUGGUUACGGAGUACUAUACAAGAAGUCACGGGGACAAUAUGUCACGUACCCCGAAGAUCUGUCACAGGCAGUCACUUCCUGUGUACAGAGGCUCAACCUCGUCAUCGCCUUCACCAUGAAGCCCGAGAUGCUCGACGGCAUCCUCGCCUCCCUCAGCCCCAACCAAUCCGAACUCAAGCUCAUGGACGGUUCUCAACUUCAAAUCGCCGAUUCCCUCAACAGCAUGGUACCCGCCAACGUCAAGAAAUUCCAAUACGCCUGCUUGGUCCGACAAGAAGGCAUCCUGCUCGUAUGGCAUGAUGAUCUGCAGCAUAUCGUGCCCACGGCCGCCAGGAUUGAGGAGAAGAUGCUCGCCAUGGUCUGGGGAACAGGUCAACUACCUUUCGGACGUCUGCAAGCCCCAUCCCGACCGAACUCGGUUCUCUCCACCAACACUUCCAUCUACAAAGCCGAGAAGCCCUCGACCCCGGGGCCAAGCAACAUGGGCGCCCUCCCCAACGACAGCGCCGAACAGCUCGAGAAGGACGAGUCCGUAGACACCAAGGAGUCGCUCCAGCGGCCCGUUCAGCGCACAUCCGCCUUCUUCGUCGGCAUGGCCAUGUGCCUGGGCAUCGUCCUUCUCUUCGGCACUUACAUCUCGCAGCUGCUGAUUGAGUGUGUCGUCGACGGGACGUACACGCGCUUGGCGCUGAUCGUCUGCGUGCCUUUCUUGCUAUGCGUCAGUCUGUUCUUCUUCCAGGUUAUCUUCUCGAACCUGUUCCAGAUCGUUGGUCCCAUUGGUGGACAGCAUAGCAACUCGAGGUUCUACUCGUGCAUCAAGCCGAGUCUGCGGAGGGCGUACAUGGACGGGUUCACGGCGCCGCAUAUUACCAUUCAGAUGCCGGUUUAUAAGGAGGGUAUGGAGAGCGUUAUCAUCCCGACUGUCAGGAGUUUGCAGGCGGCUAUUUCGUUCUAUGAGAGUCAUGGUGGCUCCGCAUCAAUCUUCAUCAAUGACGACGGUAUGCGCGUCAUCUCCGAAGAGGAAGCCCAGAAGCGCAUCGAGUUCUACCAUGACAACCACAUCGGUUGGGUUGCCCGCCCCAAGCAUGGUGACGACGGUUUCAUCCGCAAGGGCAAGUUCAAGAAAGCCUCCAACAUGAACUUCGCUCUCAACAUCUCCCAAAAGGUCGAGAAGUACCUCCAAGAGAUGGUAGAUGCCAAGCUCGCUGCCGAGGGCACCGACCUCAUUGACGAGCAGGAGGAAGAGGAGAUGUACCAAGCUGCUCUUGCAAGAGUGCUUGAGGAGAACCCGCUUGCUCAGGCGGCUGGCAACAUCAGGAUGGGAGAGUACAUCUUGAUUGUUGACUCUGAUACCCGUGUGCCCGUCGACUGUCUCCUCUACGGCGCCGCCGAGAUGUUUCUCUCCCCAGAAGUAGCCAUCGUCCAACACUCCACCGGUGUGAUGCAAGUCUCGUGGGAUUACUUCGAGAACGGCAUCACCUUCUUCACCAACCUCGUUUACACAGCCAUUCGGUUUUCUAUCGGUUCAGGCGAAGUCGCUCCCUUUGUCGGUCACAACGCUUUUCUCCGCUGGCAAGCCGUCCAAGACGUCGGCGUCCCCGAAGCCAACGAGUACAUGGCCUACUGGUCCGAGUCGCACGUCUCCGAAGACUUCGACAUUGCUCUCCGGCUGCAAAUCAAGGGUUCCAUUGUGCGCAUCGCCUCCUACCACGGCACGCAAUUCCAAGAGGGCGUUUCCUUGACCAUCUACGAUGAGAUCGCGCGCUGGCAAAAAUACGCCUACGGCGUCUCGGGAAAUGAUUUUCCACCCCUUGCACCGCUGGAUCUUCAAGGGACCAUUUACCCCCCUUUUCUAUACCUUCCUUGGGAGCAACAUCAUGUACUCCUCCAAGAUCUCCAUCUUCGCUUACAUCUGCUCCUACUUCGCGCUAGCCUCGGCGCUCAUGCUCACGCUCCUCAACUACUUCUUGGUAGGCUGGUUCGUCGACACCCUCGACCACGCGUACAUGUCCUCCUGGCAAGUCUUCGUCUCCCUGGUGGUCGUCUUCAACAUAAUGGGCCACAUCGCGCUCGCCGCCCUCCGCUACCGCACCGGCGAGCGUUCUUUGCUUUCAUCCCUAUGCGAAAACUUCAAAUGGACGCCCAUGCUCACCGUGUUUUUCGGCGGGCUGUCGUUCCACGUCACCACCGCGCUGCUCGCGCAUCUUUUCCACCUCGACAUGCAGUGGGGCGCCACGUCCAAGGAAAAGGAAAAUUCCAAUUUCUUCCAGGAGAUCCCCAAGAUUCUCAAGACGUUCAAGUGGAUGUAUGUGUUUUUGAUCAUAGUGGCCGCCGGCAUGGUUUACCUUGGCAAGUUCGCGCCGAAGGGCUGGGAGAUUCAGGAUUUUACGGCGAUUGUCCCCCUGGCGAUUAA